CAACAAUCUUCCUGAAUCAGUAGUGACCAGACAAAGAGAUAAUUAACCCGUCACCAGGAAAAGAGGGCGUAACAGCUUUUUAUGAACAAGUACCAAUAAAUAAUCAAUCAAUCAUUCAGUUUUAGAUAAAGUGUGUGAUCUACUUCGUCGCGGGUUUAUGUAUUAGACUGAGAUAAGUGAGCGAAGGAGUCCGGCGUUGUUGGUGUACCGAGUCUUCAGGAGAACGUUGGUUUCGUGUGCCGCGGCAGGACGAUAUAUUUAUUACCCUGGGCAGGAAGGAAAGACCCACCGUGCAGAGGACACAGGAUACGGCGUGACCCCUCCAUGAACCCUCAGCCUUGUAACACCCACAGGAGGCGACUGUAGCACUUAAAUCGAGGGAGGAAUGUGGAGAUGAUGGCCUGGAAGCGCUACGGGAAGAGUCUGAGGAAAAGGCUGUGGACGCUUUUGUUGCUGACAGCGUGCAGUUUCGCCCUCGUCAGUCUUUUCGACGAGGCAGGGAGACGCGCCGCCCAGCAGGAGAGCACCGCACCUCCAGUGUUGCAGAAUGAAUGGUUGAGUGACCCGUAUACAGAGACUACCAUCCCUACAACCACAGCUACAACCACAACCACCUCUAGAGCUACCUCCACUACCACCCCUACCACCACCACCACAACCACCUCCACCACCUCCUCCAGGGCUACCACCACCACCACCACCUCUAUCACCACCAAAACCGCAGUAUCCUCACUCGACAAUGCGGAUCUACAGCGCAUAGAGCGGCGGAUGCAGGAGCGCGUGUUGAGGCUGAGGCGGCGGUGUGAGGGCCGCGUGCAGGCCGCCCCCAACGAGACCGUCACCUGGAACCUCAACAUGUUUGUGCGUAGCAGAAUUCAGGUGUUGGAGGACCACCGCCUGGCCGUCUGCGUGGUAUACAAGGCGGGCUCCACCACCUGGUCGUCCAUCGUGGCCCACCGCUACAACAACACCAAGAUUCUGCAAGGGAGGAGCUUCUACAAGAUGCUCGGCCUCAUGCUGCCCACCAUCCCGCGGUUCUACGAGAUCUUUAACUCCACCGACUUCGCGCGGGUGGUGAUGGCGCGCCACCCCCUCACGCGCCUCCUCUCGGGUUACAAGGAGAAGCUGGGCAUAAUGAACCCCGUGUCUGCACAGGCCAAGAAGUACAUCCCCCUCAUCCUCCAGCACGCCCACAACAAAAACUACACUGACGAAGAGCUGUACGCCGCGGAGGGGGCGCUGCGGGUGGUGCCGACGUUCCGCGAGUUCGUGAGCUACCUUAUGUCGCGGCCGCCGGAGGAGUACGACCCCCACUGGCGCCCCGUGUCCCUGCUGUGCGGCCUCUGUCACGUCCAGUACACGGCCGUGGUGCUCACCGAGACCUACAAUGAGGAUAUGCUCUACGUCAUGAGGACCAGCGGGAUGGACAAGCUGGUGGACGUGAAUCUCCUGAAGGUGAACAACAACAAGGGCCCGGGGGAGGAGACGCGGCGGGUCCUCAACGCCCACUACUCGGCCCUGGGAACGCCGCUACUUCGCCGGAUCAUCGAUGUUUACAAGGACGAUAUGGAGAUGUUCGGCUACACGCUGGACAGCUUGAAGAUUGGGACCUCUGAGCUGAGUGACCCGAGGGUGCCCGCAGACGCCGGCUAGUUGGGCGUGUCGGGGUGAUAGCGCUGGUCUGUAAUGAUGAUUUGUGGUGUCAGACGGGUGGUAGUAGUAGGAGUAGUAGUAGUAGUAGUAGUAGUUGUUGUUGUUAUUGUUGUUGUUGUUGUAGAAGUAGUAAUAGUAGUUUGGUGUAGUAGUAGUAGUUGUUGCUGAUAUUGUUGCUUUUGUAGUAGUAGUAGUAGCAGUAGUAGUAGUAGUAGUAGUUGGAAUAGUAGUAGUAGCAUCAGUAGUAGUCGGCGUAACCAACCACAUCAACGUUUUGUUAUCGUUAUCGUCAAAACAAGAAGUGUUGAUGAUCACGUCAUCCUUUAUGUUCCCACCCGGGCUGAGCCUCACACGUCUUCUUUGGGGCACAGGCAAUCUUUCCAUAUGGUCGCGCUAAAGCAUUCAGUCAGUCUUUUUUUUUGUCGCCAUGAUUCAGUCAUUUUUAUUUAAUCAAAGUGUUCCUUAAUGUUCAUCAGUUUAGAUGUCCACCUAAGGAUGGUCUCAUGUGCAUGUGUUUGGUGACCAUGUCAAUCUGUUCUUGAGACAUUGUGGUUGUAGACAUUAUGGUAACAGGCACUCUACAGACAAACAACAAUGAAAAUAUUUUCGCCCUCCUGACUACGCCGAGGACAGCGACAGUCAUAUCAGUUUGAUAAUACUAAUACUGAUUAAAUGUCUCACAUGUAACAACGUAUCUGCGGACGCCUACUUAGG